AGAGAGAGAGAGAGAGAGAGAGAGUAAGAGGGAGAGUUUUGUACAGGGGAGGGACAGACAUCCUCCAGCCGGGGAGCAGAGCCUCAGUCUGGGCAGCCAGGAGUAGCGCUGUCUGCCUCCCCAUCAGCGCCACCACCACCACCCGUCUGCAUCCCGUUUUGGACUAGACACCCCGUGCUGUGGCACUGUCUACAAGCAGGGGUGUGCGUGUGUGUGUGUGUGUGUGUGUGUGCGUGUGUGUGUCAAUCGUGGAGACAAUAAAAUCCAGCAGCGUCUUCGGUCCCCCAUAACGCGAACAGGGGAGCACAGCAGAGGAGCGAGAGCGGGGGGUACCGAAGGUGGCAUGGAGGAGAGGUGCGUGUGUGCGCGGAGGCAGGGCUGUGGGAUAUGGUGUCUGACGGACGCGGAGAGAUGCUGUGAGCUCUGGUAUUAGCAGGCAGCUGCGCACCGAGCCGCUCUCUCCCCUCCCUCCCCUCCUCAGCUGCUCUCCUCGCACCGACCAUUCGCUGAAACCGGGGAAUCGGCUCCACACGGCUCGCUGUGCUCACAACCGCUGGCGUCCUGCACGGGGGGAUUUGACACAACCAGAGAAAUGCUCCUUUUCCGGAAGAAGGCCACUGGAUUUAAAAGUAUUCUUGAGUCUCUACGCAGACUGUGGUUUUAGUGGUUGUGAGCUGGGAUCCCACUGUCAAGCACUGGCUGAUUGUGCUUGGCUCACCACUGCUGUAUUCUCAGCCAACUUCUUCUUUCACUCGAUGAUUAAAACAGUUCACAGGAUUGCCAUCCAUGGUUUCUACCCUAAUAAAUACUAUAUCAUCCUACAUUAAAAAGAUUUGCAAAGGAAUGUUUACAAAGAAAUUGGCAAACCCAAUCAAGAAGAAAGAGAGAAGCGAAAAUAAAGAGCCUAAAUUGACCACUGAUUUGCAAGCACACAAUCUAACUCUCUCCACCACACUGAAGACUACAGUUAAAAAGAUUUCCAAAUGCUCUUCGGCACGUAACAUAUCGCUUGAAGAAGACGACGGAAAGAACGACUGCUCAUCCCUGUCACCCACUUUCAGUUAUCGUGUAGCUAUAGCAAAUGGACUCCCGAAAAACUCUCUUUAUUUGAAUAAUAAUGAAAGUAUCUUUCCUGAGGUUCUUUCUAUUGAUAGUAGUUACUCUGACUCCUUGAGUGAGACGAAACUUGUCAGGAGACUGGAUGAGCAUAAAUCACACACUAUGCCAGUGAGACGAAACAGGAAGAGCCUCAUCAGUUUGGCUCCCUCUGAUGGCAGCUCUGAGGGUGAACGUGUGGAACGCUCCAGUCUACACACACUCCGGCUGGGUGCUCUACGCAAGUUAAGGAAAUGGAAAAAGAGUCAGGAAUGUGUCUCCUCAGACUCCGAGGUGAGCAACUGGAGGAAAACCUUGGGCAUCCGGAGCAAGUCUUUGGACCGCGCUGGACGGCAGCAAAAGAGCUCGACCCUGGAGCCUGGCUCUUCCUCCACAGGUUGCAUCAGUCAGACCCAGGAUGUCAUGGAGAUGAUCUUUAAGGAGCUACAGGGGAUCAGCCAGAUAGAGACAGAACUUUCUGAGCUACGUGGCCAUGUAAAUGCCCUAAAAAGUUCUAUUGAUGAGAUCUCCAGCAGUGUGGAAGUAGUUCAGAGUGAGAUUGAGCAGCUUCGCUCAGGAUUUGUCCAAUCUAGAAGGGAAACACGUGAUAUUCAUGACUACAUAAAACAAAUUAGCCACCAGGCCAAUAAUUCAACCUUGAGGUUCCUCAAUGUACCUGAAGAAAAGUCAGAGAAAACAGAAAGUGUAAUAUACAAAAUACUAAAAGACAAAAUGGGUUUCAUUGAUGCCCAUAAAACUCUUAAAAUCGAGCUUGCUCAUAGGUUAGGGCAACAAAGAGAAUGUUCUAAUGCAAAACCCCGCCCUAUUAUUGUUAUUUUUGCAACAACCCAAGACAGGGAUAUAGUCUUGAAAAAGUGCUAUAAACUUAAAGGAACAGGCAUUACAGUCUCUACUGAUAGCUUAACUCAUGAUGGAAAGGAGAGAAAAGACAAAACAAUGUCUUCCUCACAAACCUAUGAAAGCAUGGAUAUAAAGGUCUCAGGAAAGGAUAAAGUGGUAGAGAGUGAUGACUGGGACUCAAUGGACAGUGAUAAGGAAUUAGACGAACUGAGCAGGAACAAAUAUGCAAUGGUGAUUUCAAAGCCUGUUCACAAGAGCAAAUCAGAGAAGAGGCGAUCCCAUGACCAUAGCCGGUCAGGAGAGGAAGCAGGCUACUCAGGCGCAGUUCACUAUGCUGAUGACUCUUACUAUGACCCAGACAAGCAUGCAAAAGCUUACUACUCUGAUUUGACCCCUGGUUGGCUUUCCCAGAGUGACUACUCCACCCCUAAACUCAGCCGCUCUGAGUCUGACUGCUCAAAACUUUGCCAGUCAUACUCAGAAGACUUUUCAGAGAGUCAGUACUUUACACGGGCUAAUGGCUGCUCCCUGCUGUCCUCCUCAGAUCAGGAACUGUGGCAGAGAAAACAAGAAGACAUGGCCUCCUCCUGGUAUGCCAGUGAUAGUAACCCACUCAGCCACGAGAAUCAAACAUAUGAACACAAUGAGGUUGAGACCACAGAAACUAUUGACAGUGGGGUGAGCAAUGGACUUGUCUGCAUGUCUGGGGACAGAAGCCACUACAGUGGUUCACAGCUCUCUCUGCAAGGUGACCUAUCACCCUGGAAAGACUGGCAUCAUCUCGAGCAGGGUGCUGACUCUGGCUUGGAAGCCUCCAUAGAAGUUAGCAGUCCCUUUGACCCAUCAACCAUCCCUGGUUUUCCAGAAAACAUCACUAAAUGUCAGGAGGUUGAUUUACAAUUUGAAGGAGAAGAGGAAUUCAUGAUGCUUGACAGAGAAACUUCCCUACCACCUAUAACCACCCACAUUAUUCCUCCCAUCACAGAACGCGAGUCUGUCAUUAAGCCAUCUGUCCGGCACUCUAAGGAGGGAAAUAAGAUUAUCACAAAAGAAUCCACAAAAAUAACAUCUAAAGACACCUCUAAAGCUGCUGCUAAAGCUACACAUAAACAAACUAAAUUGGCUCCUAAAGAAGAAACCACCAAAAUAUUGCCAAAGGAAAGCCCAAAGGUAUCUGCUAAAGUUUCAUCUAAAGUGACCUCUAAAGCAGCUCCUAAAGAGUCACCGAAAGAGAUUCAGAAAUCAGCAGUUAAAGAGUCCUCUCAAGCUCUCCUUAAAGACAGUCCUAAAGUCACACAUAAAGAUGCCACAAAGCCCACUGUUAAAGAAGUAUCUAAAGUGACACCUAAGAUAAAUUCUAGUGAGGCUGCGAAAGUCACUCCCAAAGUAACUCCAAAAGAUAGCCCGAUAAUGACUCCUAAAGAAAGUCCCAAAGAGUCACCUAAAGAGAGCCCUAAAAUAACCCCAGUUGAGAGCCCUGUUUUAACACCUAAAGAGUCACCUAAGGAGUCUCCUAAAGUCAUUGCUAAAGAUGCCCCACAUGUUGCAUCUAAGGAAGGUAUGAAAGUUGUUGCUAAAGAGGUUACCAAAGAAGCUGCAAAACUACCCCCAAAAGAGUUCCCAAAAGAGACGCCUAAAGUAGCACCCAAGGAGACUGGUAAAGCACCCACACAAGAAGUUUCAAAGAUAGCACCUAAAGAAGUUUCUAAGGUUCCACCUAAAGAAGUUGCUAAGAUUCCACCUAAAGAAGCCCCGAAGGUGGCCCCUAAAGAGACUCCUAAGGUUCCCCCCAAAGAGACCCCUAAAGCCACCGCAACAGAAGUCUCUAAAGUAGUACCCAAAGCAGCCUCUAAAGAUGCCCCUAAGGAAACCCCCAAAGUAGUUUCUAAAGAUAAAUUCCCUGAACUGGAUGUCAAUCAUAGCUUUCACCAGGCCCAGAAUAAGUCUACAACUAUGUACCGCAGUCAGAGUGAGAUUCGAACAGAGAAGGUUGAGGAGGUUCCCAAAUCUUGGAGUAGUAGGCUAAGCAUAGAUCUCAGUGAGAAGUCCUUUGGUUUUGGCUUUGGGUCUACACUGCAGAGGGCUAAGUCAGCUCUGGAGGUAGUUUGGAAGUCUGGCUCUCAGACUCCUACCCCCGCUCCUCCUGAGGAGACCACCAACUCAUCAUUUAUGGGGCGUUUCCGCACCCUGUCCACCUCUGGUGCAAAUACCUCUACUACUACAACAGACUCAGAUGCCUACACAGAGCCUAUCUUCAACAAGGCAGAGGAAGAUAAACCAGACGCAGAGGCAGAAGCUGGGGAACAACCCGUGGACAAUGAGACCCACUAUGUUGAAGUAAUGGAGCAGGUACUAGCUAACUUGGAGAACAGAACUAAUGCUAAUGAGGCAGAGGAGACAGAAGAGCCUGCACAAGAGUGUGAGACCUCUCAGGACUAUGAUGUAUCUGAUGACAUUGACGCCUCUCAAGACAAUGAUGCCUUUCAGGAUGACGAGGCCUCUCAAGAUUUUGAAGCCACAGAGGACUAUGAGGCAAGUAAAGAGGCACGUGUUCUGGAGUAUGACUGCAGUUUGGACGAAGAGUAUAGUGAAGACUUUGAAACCCAACUUACUGAGGACACGGCUGAAUAUGAUGCAAUGGUGGAGUAUGUAGAUGUAGAAGAACCAGAUGACAAUGAUGUUACAGAAGAGAUGGAAGAGGGUGAUGAGGAGUUAGAGGAGGUAGAGGAGAUAGUAGAGGAGGCUACUGAGGUGACUGAAAAAGUGGAGGAACAGCAGGAGGAUGAAAACAAAAAUGUUCCAGAGGAGAAGCCUGCAGAGGCACCAACUAAGAAACGUGUUCGACCCACCUUUAAGGAGGCAGCUCUGAGGGCCUACAGGAAGCAGAUGGCUGAACUGGAGCAGCAGAUCCUGGCAGGAGACAGCACUGCUUUGGACACACAGCCUCGCAGUCUUUUGGACCCCAAAGUGCUCGGCUUGCAGUCUGGAGGGGCUGGCAGUAUUCUUUAUGGUAUUGACAGCAUGCCAGAUUUACGCCGCAAGAGGACAGUGCCUCUUGUCCGAGACCUGACCCUCACUGCUCGAAAGGCAGGCAUCUCGUUCGCUCUGGUGAACCGGUCCACCCUGAAUAAUGAGGACCUGAAACUACAUGUCUUCAAGAAGACUCUCCAGGCCUUGAUAUACCCUAUUUCAUCCACAACACCCCAUAACUUCGAGGUGUGGACGGCAACUGCACCCACCUACUGCCAUGAGUGUGAGGGGCUGCUGUGGGGCAUCGCCCGUCAGGGCAUGCGCUGCUCAGAGUGUGGAGUUAAAUGCCACGAGAAGUGCCAGGACCUGCUCAACGCAGAUUGUUUACAAAGGGCGGUGGAGAAGAGCUCCAAGCACGGGGCGGAGGACAAGACCCAGAAUAUCAUCAUGGCUAUGAAGGAGCGCAUGAAGAUAAGAGAGAAGAACAGUCCCGAGGUGUUUGAGGUGAUCCAGGAGAUGUUCCACGUCUCCAAAGAAGACUUCACCAGCCAUCUGAAGACAGCCAAGCAGGCUGUUUUGGAUGGGACCUCCAAGUGGUCUGCCAAAAUCAGCAUCACAGUCAUGAGUGCACAGGGCUUACAGGCCAAGGAUAAAACUGGCUCCAGUGACCCUUACGUCACCGUCCAGGUGGGCAAGACCAAACGCAGGACGAAGACCAUCUUCGGCAACCUCAACCCGGUCUGGGAUGAGAAGUUCUACUUUGAAUGUCACAACGCCACUGACCGCAUCAAGGUGCGUGUGUGGGAUGAGGAUGAUGACAUCAAAUCACGGGUGAAGCAGCAUUUCAAGCGCGAGUCGGAUGAUUUCCUGGGACAGACCAUCAUUGAGGUUCGCACUCUCAGUGGAGAGAUGGACGUUUGGUACAAUCUAGAUAAAAGAACUGACAAGUCUGCGGUAUCGGGUGCCAUCAGACUCAAGAUCAGCGUGGAGAUGAAAGGGGAGGAGAAUGUGGUUCCUCCUCAUGGCCAAUACACCUGUUUACACGAGAACCUGUUCCACUACCUGACCGAGGUGAAGAACAGCGGGGUGGUGAAGAUCCCGCAGGUGAAAGGGGACGAAGCGUGGAAGGUGUACUUUGACGACGUGUCCCAAGAGAUAGUGGAUGAGUUCGCCAUGAGAUACGGAGUGGAGUCCAUCUAUCAGGCUAUGACGCACUUCUCCUGUCUGUCCGCCAAAUACAUGUGUCCCGGUGUGCCAGCAGUGAUGAGCAACCUGCUUGCUAAUAUAAAUGCCUACUUCGCCCACACCACCACCACCACAACAACCACUGCCUCCGCUUCAGACCGAUUUGCUGCUUCUAACUUUGGGAGGGAGAAAUUUGUCAAAUUACUGGACCAGCUGCAUAACUCACUGAGGAUCGACCUCUCUAAAUAUCGGGAUAAUUUCCCUGCGGGAAACCCGGAGCGUCUCCAAGAUCUGAAGUCCACUGUCGAUCUGCUAACCAGCAUCACCUUCUUCAGGAUGAAGGUACAAGAGCUUCAGAGUCCACCCAGAGCCAGUAUGGUUGUGAAGGACUGCGUGAAGGCGUGUCUGGACUCCACAUACAAAUACAUUUUUGAUAACUGUCAUGAACUGUACAACCAACUCCUUGACCAGAGCCGGAAGCAGGACAUUCCCCGAGAGGAGCAGGGUCCGUCGAUAAAGAACCUGGAGUUCUGGCCAAAACUCAUCACUCUCAUGGUGUCUGUAAUCGAUGAGGACCGAACAGCUUACACCCCAGUCAUUAACCAGUUUCCACAGGAGCUGAAUGUGGGCAAGAUCAGCGCCGAGAUCACGUGGAGCCUCUUCGCCCUGGAUAUGAAGUAUGCAAUGGAAGAGCAUGACAAGCACCGCCUAUGCAAAAGUACUGAAUACAUGAAUCUUCACUUCAAGGUCAAAUGGUUCCAUAAUGAGUAUGUCCGUGACCUACCGGCCUUCAAGGAUGUUCCGCCUGAGUAUUCUCUGUGGUUCGAGCCAUUUGUCAUCCAGUGGCUUGAUGAGAAUGAGGAUGUUGCCAUGGAUUUCCUCAAUGGAGCACUGGAGAGGGACAAGAAAGAUGGAUUCCAGCAAACCUCGGAGCACGCCCUCUUUUCAUGUUCGGUGGUGGAUGUGUUCACUCAACUAAACCAGAGUUUUGAGAUUAUCAAGAAGCUCGAGUGUCCAAACCCACAGGCUCUGGCUCACUUCAUGUGCCGUUUUGCGAAGACUAUCAACAAAGUUCUUCUGCAAUAUGCUGCAAUCAUAUCCAAGGACUUUCCUUUGUAUUUGAGUAAGGAGAACGUGCCCUGCAUCCUCCUCAACAACAUCCAGCAGCUCCGUGUCCAACUGGAGAAGAUGUUUGAGUCCAUGGGUGGCAAACAGCUGGAUGCAGAGGCCAGUGAUCUGCUCAAGGAGCUGCAGAAUAAACUCAACACGGUGCUGGAUGAGCUCAGCGGAGUGUUUGGCUCCAGUUUUAAAGGUGUGAUCGAGGACUGCGUGAAGCAGAUGAACCAGGAGCUGGUUCAGAUGAAAGGUCCAGCCAAAGGGAGCAACGCCGCCAUGGAUGCAGAGAGUGUCCUCCGGCCUCUUAUGGACCUCCUAGAUAAAAAUUUGAUGUUAUUCGCCAAGAUUUGUGAGAAGACAGUGCUGAAACGAGUCCUCAAAGAGCUAUGGAAAAUCGUGCUGAACACCAUCGAGAGAACAAUCGUUCUGCCUCCACUGAGUGACCAGACCCAAGGAGCUCAGAUGAUUUUCAAUGCUGCCAAGGACUUGGGACAGCUGUCCAAACUAAAGGAGCAUGUAACUCGAGAGGAGGCCAGAAGUCUGACUCCACGACAGUGUGCAGCCAUGGACCUCGUGCUUCCCACCAUCAAGCAAUACUUCCAUGCUGGAGGAAAUGGGCUGAAGAAAACCUUCCUGGAAAAGAGCCCUGAUAUGAAGUCCCUCAAAUAUGCUCUCAGCCUUUACACUCAACCUACAGAUGCCUUGAUCAAGAAAUAUAUAUGCACCCAAACCUCUCAAGGUCAGUCAUCCAACGGAUCCGUGGGGGAGGUGUCGAUGCAAGUGAAUCUCAUCUCUCACCCUGGCACUGGAGAGCACAAAGUCAGCGUGAAGGUGGUCGCAGUGAACAACCUCAUCUGGCAAACCAACGCCAUGUUCCGGCCAUUUGUAGAGGUCAACGCUGUGGGACCGCACCUGGCUGACAAGAAGCGCAAAUUCAGCACCAAGACCAAGAACAACAACUGGUCACCAAAGUACAAUGAAACAUUCCAAUAUGUUCUAAGUAAUGAACAUGGUCCGGAGGCCUACGAGCUGCACGUCUCAGUGAAGGACUACUGCUUUGCCCGCGAGGACCGCAUCAUCGGCAUGACGGUCAUCCAGCUCCGAGAGCUGGCGGACAAGGGCAGCUGCUCCGCCUGCUACCCCCUGGUGAAGAGCAUCUGCAUGGACGAAACUGGCCUCACCAUCAUGAGGAUACUCUCUCAAAGGACCAACGAUGAGGUGGCGAAAGAGUUUGUGCGUCUCAAGACAGACACACGCUCGGCGGAGGAAGUGUCAUAAUGUGCGACAUAAUGCAGUAUUAAAAGAGUUGUGUUGUCUUAAGUGAGAGAUAAAGAGAAAGAGCAGAAGGAGAAAGAGCAGUAGCAACAGAUGUUCUUUCUGCAGAGAAGCUGGAGGAUGAGAUUGUCCAAAGAGAAGCGCAGGAGGCCCACAUGUGGCGAGGCAGCGAGACAGUGAGAGAGAGAGAGUUGUGUUUGUUUGUUUGUUUUUGUGCAUGUGCGUAAAACAUCUGUUGGAAUGUUCAUUUUAAAACUACAGUAUGUACAAGUGUUUACUUACCGUAUGCUUACUAUUAAGUACUAUAUUCUACGAGUUAUGUUAACGAGACAUGAAAUACCUUUUGUACAACAUUUAGUCUUUUUGAACAGAGAUUUGUUCCAAUAAAGUGCCAAACCAGUGGAAAAAAAGAACAAAACCAACGUAUAUGAAUUAUGGUGAACUUAGUAUGUUUGAAAUUUGCUCGAUUAUUUUGUCCGGUGUAAGUCAUUUUCUGACCGUGUGGCGUUUUGAUUGUUGCAAAGUCUUUCAUUUUGCACCCUCGUUUUUUGGCUUCACGUUCUUCCACACAGCACUGUUGUGCAUGUCCUCUUCUCGGUCAUGUCUCUCCCAUGAUUCCACAGUGACCACCGAGCAGGGUCCUGUCCCCUUGCCUUCAAACUGUUUGUAUUUUAAGUCGACCUGAAAAUAGACCAUGUUUUUUGUAAAUGGCGAUGACUGCUAUGUAAACCUUCAUAGGUGUUUGUAAUUUUAUAACCAUGACAACAAUGACGACAGCCUCCAGUGCUAACAGUCUUGGCAGAAAGGAUGGAAAUGUUUUCUUUUUCUUUGGCUUUUUUUAAUUUCUUUUUGGCCAUCAGCUUCCAGCCUUUCUGAAUGACCACUGUGAACAUGAGCUUUGGAAGGCAAGCUUACAUGACAUUGCUGACAGUUUGAUAUUGUUUCAUAUUUUUCCGAUAACUUUGUUCCUGAUAAACUGCCAAAGUUAUAUAAAAUAUUUGUACAAAAGCAAUCCAUUACAUGUAUGAAGAUAAAUAUGUACAUGUGAUCUAUUACUUUUUCAAUGCUCAAUAUUUGAUUAUAGAUAGGGUGGUACUGAGAUUUUAUUUUUUUUAUUUCCUGUGAAGCUGUUAACCAAUAUGAAAGUUGCACAUGUUACUUUACACAUUAGUUAUAUCAGCUUCUGUCAUUGGAAUUAUUUUUCUUCAUAAAGGAAAGAGUCUAACAUUUGGUAAAUAUGCAACAUUCCUAUGUAUUGCACUGAUGGCGAAUUGUAUGUCAUGUAAAUAUAUUUAGUGAGAUAUUGUACAAAAGUCUACUUUUCUUCAAUGUGCAUAAAGUAUGUG